CUCUUACACUUCCAUUUCCAUUUCCAUUUCCAUUUCAUCUUCCAAAAAUGCCACGAAAAUCAAAGAAGAAAAGGGUCUGUAAGAAGAAACUAGGGUUUAUUCAGCAACAACAACAACAAGAAUGGUGGAAGAAAGAAGAAGAUGAACCAAAAUGGGUCACACAUUAUUGCAGUGAUCAUCAAAUACUGUUAGUGGGUGAUGGCGAUUUCUCAUUCUCACUCUCUCUUGCAAAAGCUUUUGGUUCUGCUUCAAAUAUCGUUGCUUCUUCACUUGACACCUAUGAUGAGGUGAUCAAGAAGUACAAGAAUGCCAAAUCAAAUGUAGAAGAAUUGCAGAAGCUGGGAGCAUACGUGUUACAUGGAGUGGAUGCAACAGCAAUGAAGUUUCAUCCGGAUUUAAAAAUGCGGAGGUUUGAUCGCGUUAUAUUCAACUUUCCUCAUGCAGGUUUCCAUAGGAAGGAAGACAACUUGAUGAUGAUCAAGAUGCAUAUGGAUCUCGUGUUUGGUUUCUUCAAGAAUGCAUGUCACAUGCUUAGGGCCAACGGUGAGAUUCAUGUCAAUCACAAAACUACACCUCCUUUCAUUGACUGGAACAUUGAGAAGCUCGCCAAGCAAUGCUUUCUGACAAUGAUUGACUGCAUUGAUUUCAACAAGGAAGAUUAUCCAGGUUAUAACAACAAACGAGGAGAUAGCUAUCGAUGUGAUGACCCUUUUCCUCUCGGUAAGUGCAGCACUUUCAAGUUCAUAUGCAAUCCUAGAAGUAUGAAAAACCAUUUGAGGGGAAAUCAUAUCGAGAUUUCUAGACAACAGACAAUUCUUCCAUUUCAUGAAGAAAUUCAGAGCAUUGCGCAAUUUCCACCUCCAGUUGAUCUCAACUAUCUUCCUCGAACAAGUUUAUUUCCAAAAAUGAAUCAAUUCAAUUGUUAUCCUCAGACAAAUCACUUUCCAAAGUUGAAUGAACCAAUUAGAUCAGAAUUUGACUUGAGAAAUGGAUACAAUACGAUUUCAAGGGAGAUCAACAAUGUGACAGAAAUACACGGAAGUGUUGCUUGUUCUGCUGACGGUUACCGCUAUGCUCGUGAUAUGACACAAGACACUCGAAGAUUGGUACCACCAAUGGAGUCAUUGCAAUCUCUGCAACCUUGGCCAACACCAACUAAUUGCCGAUAUUCUCUAACAGAGCCUCUUAGGAGAACAAUGGAUAUGGCUCCCCCUUUGUCCCUUGGUGCUAGGAAUGGAGACUACCAAUACAAAGCCUUUGAAGGAAGCUCAAGUUAUAUGCAAGAAGAACUUUACAGAAAUGCCCAGAGGCCAAGCUAUUUCCAAGAAGAACCUUACAGAAAUGCUCCGUUGCCAAGUCGCUCUUUUGAUAUAGCUAGGUAUGACUUAGAGAGGUACAAUGCUGAAGUGCCUAGGAGAGUUUUCAAUAGAGAAAUUUAUGCUAUGCAGUGAAUAUGUUGAUGCAAUAUAGAGGGAUGAUUGCACUGUCUGAAUGGAAUACCAGCUAAUACUUUUUUCUUGAAGGUAGUUUGUUACAUACUGUAUAGCUAGCUUGAGUUGUGAAGCUGGUGAUUUUGUUUUCAACAUUCAGCAUAUGUUGACCUUUUGCAGCAUGCUAGUAUGCUUAUGCUAUAAGAAAGUAUGUUUUUUUGUUAUA